AUGGCAGACUUCAUUGCCAGUUCUAUUGCUGGGAGUGCUGCCAUUGUGCUGGGGAAUCCGAUUGAUGUUAUCAAGGUCCGUCUACAGACCGGAAUUACGAAUACUCGAUCUACCGCAGCUAGAUUCGAGACUUGGACGUCAUUAUUUCGAGGAGCCGCAGCCCCAGUCCUCGGUAACGGCGCCCUAACCGCUCUCCUCUUCGUCGGCUACAACCGUACAUUAGAAUACCUCGAAUCGACUCCAUACCAACAAAUCAAAUCCCCUUCUCUCACGAACGUUUGGCUGGCAGGUGCAGCCUCAGGUCUAGCCUGUUUCAUAAUCUCCGCUCCAACAGAGGUAAUAAAAUGUCGAGCACAGAUCUAUCCAUCCCAUCUACACGACAUAGCCACCCGUGGAACCUCGACCACGAGUGGUAUACAACCCCCCAGUGGCACCGGAAACGCACCGUCGAGUUGGAGAGUUGCUCGACAGGUCUUUGCGACGAGUGGGGUUAGGGGAUUGUAUCAUGGUGGGGUUAUUACCAGUUUGAGAGAUAGUAUUGGGUACGGAUGGUAUUUUUGGGCGUACGAGGCUACGAAGAAUGCAUUGGGAUUGGAGAGUGAGAUGGCUACUUCGUUGGUGGCUGGAGGGAUUGCUGGGUGUGUUACUUGGGCUAGUAUCUAUCCCUUGGAUGUGGUGAAGACUAGAGUUCAAACCCAGAGUUUGAUGGGGCCGGUUAUUAAUGGUGGUUCUUGUGGAGAGAGGGAUGGGUUAUUGGGCGGGAAUGGUGGUGGUGGUGCGGCGAGAAGGUAUGAGAUGGGGGCUUGGGAUCAUACGAAGGCGAUUUGGAGGACUGAAGGGGUCAGAGGCUAUUUUUCGGGCUUUUGGUGGUGUAUGGGACGUUCGUUUUUUGUUAAUGCGGUUCAGUGGGCGUUAUAUGAAUAUAUUAUGAGGGCAUUGAAAUCUGAAUCGGCGGAUAAGUCGUUCGAAACUCGUGAGCAGGAAUACAGUUAUUGA